CGAACCUCAAAUUAUGGAUCAUGUUACACAACAACUAAAACUUUUCCCCGAAAUCGCUACCGGCUUGGCCUACCACAUGUCAGCCGAACACAUGUGGGAAUUGUACAAUCAAACUGUUGAAGAAAUCAAUAAUGGCAAAUAUACCCGUUUACCCGAGAUGCAUGCCUUAUCGUGUGCCCUCAAAGUACUCUGUACUACCGAUGCCUGUGCGGGUAUUGAACGAUUACGUUUAGCUUGUGGUGGUCAUGGUUUUUUGACUGCUGCCAAUAUUGGAAAUAUUUAUGGCAAUGCUGUGGCGGCCUACACAUAUGAAGGAGAAAAUACGGUUCUCUUACUGCAAAUAGCAAGAUUUUUAAUGAAAUCCUGGUCUUACUUAAGUGAAGGCAAACCUAUGUUGGCAAGUGUUGAGUACUUAAAGCAGGGCUUACAAACAGACUCGUUGCCCAAGUGGGACAAUUCGUGGGAGUGUAUUGUUAAUGCUUUACAAUAUACGGCAGCGCAUAAAACCCGUUUGGCCUUUGAAAGCCUCUCGCGUAGAAUGCUGGCAGGACAAACUCAACCAGAAGCUUUCAAUAACAGUGGCAUAGCACUUAUACAAGCAGCUGAGCUUCAUGGACGUCAAUUUGUGGCCGCCACCUUCCUACAACAAAUCACUGGUCCCAAAACUUCCCAACUCUCCAAGAAUGCCAAAUCAUUUUUAGAAGCUUUAUUGGAAUUGUAUUUAGUUAAAACCGCUCUAACACAUAUGAACGAUAUUUUACGUUUCAUUAAUGUUAGCGAACAUGAUUUGCAGUCCCUGCAAGAUCGCUUGGAAUUGGCUUUAACGAAAAUACGUCCCAAUGUAGUGGCUUUCACUGAUGGUUUCGAUUUUCCAGAUGGUGUUUUGAAUUCGGUUUUGGGUUCUUACGAUGGCAAUGUUUAUGAACGUCUUUUCGAAUCGGCUAAAAUGAGUCCUUUAAAUCAAAAGCCCGUACCAGAUUCAUUUGAGAAGCAUUUAAAACCAUUUAUGAAAUCGAAAUUGUAAAAUGCAUUUAUUUUAUUUGUAAAUUAUUUAUGUACAAUUGUAUAUGUACAGUGGUGGCCAUGAGGUUAGCACAUUUGGUAUCUGUUAAAUAUAAAAUCAAAUAUUUCCUAUAGUUCUUAACUUUUUUAACAAAUUCUUUUUUAUGCGUAACACAUGUCCUUCGAGGAUCACGACACAUUACAUUUUGUUCCACUACUUUGUUGCAUGUAGAUUUUUUUC